GAGCUCAGAGCGAAGGAACCACAGACGGUCAACAAGUACGAGAAACUGCUUGAGGCAGAGCUGAAGUCAAGUCCGUUGUUCAACCAGAAAGCAGUUAUUUUAAAGAUAUGAAUCCAAAGCAACGACAAGCACAACUCGACAUGAUAACGAAAAACGGCCUUGAUCGCAUGCGUAAACAUCUGCUCACAUAUACCGUGGCUGGCAACGAAUUUGUCGUACGGGACCAGAUGGCACAGGUUACGACGUUCGUGCUGAAGAUAAAGAGCGUUGUGGAUGAGGCUGUCAAGGCCUCCGUGGAAGCCUCAAUAGUGUGGGCCAGCGUCUGUCUCGUCCUCCCCCUCCUUACCAACCCCAAUGCAGCAGAACAAGCCAACAGAGACGGCCUCAUUUAUGUUACCUCUCGCAUGCGCUUCUACAUCGCCCUCGAGCCUCUGUUAUUACCUAGAGAUCAGAGUCGAAGUUCCACUAUUCCCAAGGGCCUCAGAGUCGAAUUUGAAAUCCAUGUUAGAGACCUCUACCAAAAGAUUCUCGAAUUUCAACUGCAAAGCGUUUUGCGCUUCUAUGAAAGGCGUCUCAACAGACUUGGCAAAGAUCUUGUCCGAUAUGAAGAUUGGGAGGGCAUGUUAUCCGAGGUCCAUCGCCUCGAAAACGUUGUUGAUGGCGACUUCCAUAAAAUCAAUGACGCAGCUUUGAGAGCAAUGGUGGAGGAUCUCAAGGAUGACGCAAGACAGUCUCUGGAGUCUACUCAGGGAUUAUUGUCACUGGCAACGAAGCAACUCCGAGUUACAGAAGAGCAUCGAGAUAUCGGAUCAGCGCAACUACAGGAGCAGAGGCGUACAAAUGCACUCAUCGCCAAGUCGGUCAAUGCCAUUCGACUGCCGACUGUCUCCAGCGCCGUGUACGGCAGUAGCGCAGAUCAACAUAUUCCACUGUGCCAAUCGGGAACAAGGGCUAGCAUCUUGAAAUACAUCAAUUCAUGGGCAAAUGACCCACUCAGCAAGACCAUCUUCUGGCUUCAGGGUCCUGCUGGUACUGGCAAAUCGACAAUCAGUCGUACCCUGGCGCAUGACUGGAAAUAUAAUCAUCGUCGCCUGUUCGCUAGCUACUUUUUCAAACGAGGAGAGAAAGAUCGCAAUGGUUCGGCUUUCGUAUUCCCAACAAUUGCUAAUCAAAUGACGAAACUUAGUCCAGGCUUCCAGACACAUCUCCAUUUGUCUCUCGAAAGCCUAGGCGAUGACAAGAUCGAAGAUAGGGCCUUGGACGAACAAUUCGAAAUUCUUUUUUUGACGCCACUUUCUGAAAUUGACCGUGAUUCACCAGAUAGUCCGGCGAAAGUUAUUGUCAUUGAUGGCCUAGACGAAUGCGAUAACGCCCGGGAUGUCCAAUUGAUUUGCAAGCAGCUAUCUCGGUUUCAGGAGGUUGUUUUGCCGCGAAUACGUAUAUUUCUGACGAGUAGGCCUACUGGUGCUAUUACUAGUGCUUUCAAUGGCCUUGACACUGCGAAAUACACCAAAUUAGCAUUGAAUGAGGACUUCGUAGGCGAAACGAAGGAAGACAUAUCUACAUUCCUGAGCAAGCAGUUUGAGGACAUCAAGCUUCGGCUGGAGAUCGAAGACCCUUGGCCAAUGUCAAAAGACUUAGAGCGUCUGGUCUCCUUGGCAACGACUCCGUGGCCAUUAUUUAUAUACGCAUCAACGGUUUGUCGUUUUAUUGACGAUGAAGAGGGAUUGAAAGAUCCGGUGGAGAGACUGGAACUUUGGCUAGAACAAAGUGACGCCAACACUCCACAACUUGAUCAGAUCUAUAACCCCAUCCUUCAUAAUAUCUUCUUCGGCAGCCACGAUCAACGCGAGAAACCCAAGCCUCUCAGUGACUCAGAGAAGUCGGAACUGCGUGGAGUUCUGGGAGCAAUAAUUCUCAUUGUCACCCCGCUACCGGUUCGAUGCCUAGCUACUCUUCUCGGCAUAUCUCAAACCGGCCUGAACCGCUGGCUCCGACAACUCCGUUCGGUGCUAAAUAUUCCUAGUGACCAAAGCAUUGCGAUACCCCCACCGCACAAGUCAUUCAGUGACUUCCUCCUCGGCCAAGAAGGUACCGGAUCGGAUUCUUUCCAGAUUGAUGCAUUAGAAGCACAUGCCGAUCUCGCGUCAAGGUGUCUCAAUCGCUUGAGGCACAAAGACGACGGACUCCGGAAGGACAUGUGUGGUCUUCAAAAACCCGGGAUAUUGGUGAAUGACAUAGAUCAAACUGUCGCAGCCAGCAGAUUUCCUGCUGACCUUGUAUAUGCAUGUGUUCAUUGGUCGUAUCACCUGGAGAGUAGUGUGGGUGAAAAUAAGAAUGCGGAAGUAUCAUUACGACUAGAUCUAUUGAAAGAUGUCGAGGCCUUUCUUCAGCAACAUUUCCUUCACUGGUUGGAAUGUUUGUCCCUAUUAGGCAGGUUCACAGAUGGACUACUGUCAAUCAGAAGGCUUCUCCGGAUUGUCCAGCCGGAUAUAAGUAUGGAGCUGACUCGGUUCCUGAGAGACGCUGAGAGGUUUGCUCUCAACUACCGUUCUAUCAUCGAAAAUGCUCCCCUACAAAUCUACGGCGCCGCACUUGUAUUUUGUCCGACUGAGACGGACACAAGAAGAUAUUUUUGGAAAGACCGACAUCGGUUUGUUAAAGAUGUACUGGGAAUCGGAAACACCUGGGACCCGUGUCUCCAGACGUUCGAGUGUCAUAAUCAGGACGUCAGGGCCAUUGCUUUUUCACCAGAUGGAAAGACGCUCGCCUCAGCUUCUUGGUUCUCGCCGCUCCCUCCAGGUCUCCACGAGCAUACUAUCCGACUCUGGGACGCGGAGUCGGGCGCUCACAUAAGAACACUUGGGACCUACCGUGGCGUGACGACCAUCGCAUUCCCCAACAAUACGACGCUUGUGGCGGCUUCUCCAGACCAUGUAGUUAGGUUUUGGGAUAUAAAAGAGGGCAAGCACUGGGGAUUCCGAGACAGUUUUGCAGGCGACACCCAGAACACUGGGAUAUUUGAUUUGUCGCCACAUGGCACUCUACUUCCAUCAUCCUUUAAGGACGGCACAAUCCGGCUGUUAGAAACGGAAAGCAAAUGUUCUCGGCACAAAUUCAAGUGUUUCGGCAGUAAUUUUCACCACGUUACUUUCUCACAGGAUAACACGUUGCUUGCGGCGGUUUCUGAAAAUCCCCAAUCGUCGGCCCGGGCUAUUCAGUGUUGGAACAUAGAAACAGGCGAGCAGUUGGUGUUCGAAUGCAACGACAAUUGUGCUUCAGCUAUUGCAUUCUCACCUGAUAAUGCAACGCUUGCUCUGGCAUUCGAAGAAAAAACCAUUCAAUUCUGGGAUAUAGACUCCGGUGAUCAUCGGCAAGUCAAUAUCAGCUUCUGGCUUCAGCAUAUCACUUUCUCGCCAGAUGGUAGAAAGCUCGCAUCUACUUUCGAAGACAGUGUCUGGCUGUAUCAUAUAGAAUCAAACAAUCAGCAAACAUUCAAAAACCAUACCAAUUGGGUUAAUGCCAUUGCCUUUUCACCGGAUGGGACAAAGCUCGCAUCGGCUUCUGGUGACUCGACAAUCCGCAUGUGGGAUGUUGAAAUGAACAGUCGUCAGCCACUGGAAGGUCAUAGUCGUGAUAUCUCAGCUUCUGCUUUCUCGCCGGGCUUCAAGAUGCUUGCAGUAGCCUUUGCCAACGAGGAAAUCCAGCUCUGGGACACGAAAACGGGUAACUCUCUGCGGGUCCUUCAUAAUCGGGAAUACAUUACAGCUAUGGCUUUCUCUCCGGACGGCGCAACGCUUGCUUCAACGUGCUGGGAGUGUAAAGUUCAGACCUGGAUCGUCGAAUCAGGCAGCUGUAUGUGUAUACUUGAGGGCCAUACCGAUUACGUUCAGGCUGUCGCUUUCUCGCCGGAUGGGCAAACAAUCGCGUCGGCCUCCGCUGAUCAAACAGUUCGCCUCUGGAAAGUGACGACGGGAGAUUGUCAAAGAAUACUCGACGGCCAUUCCAAGGAUAUUACAGAUGUCGUUUUCUCGUCGGGUGGCACCACGAUUGCAUCGGCUUCGCGGGAUGAGAGGGUUCGGAUAUGGAAUAUUGAAACGGGCGAUUGUUUGGCAAUAUUUGAAGGCCAUAUUGGUUACGUCUCAGCCAUGGCUUUCUCACCAGACGACGCCAAACUUGUAGCGGUUUCUGGCAGGUUGAUCCAGCUGUGGGAUGUGAAUGAACCUGCGCAUUUGGGAACGGGGAGCCUUAAUCAAUAUGUGCCCCAUAUAUCAUUCUCAAACGAUGGUCAACAUCUUGAAAUCGACGGUUCAUAUUCAAAAUACGUCUUAGCUAUCGACGCUCUAGACAUAGCACCCCACCAGAUCCCAUCGGAUCCGACAGUCUAUGUCAAUGACGGCUGGAUUUCGCGAGAUGGAAAAAAUCUUCUCAGGGUGGCUCCCGGCUAUCGAGCUAUCCGCUCCUGUCGAGUGAUACGCACAGCAGACAAUUGCCAGAUGUUGGCCCUGAUGCAUGCCACGGGACAACUAGCAUUCCUCUCGUUCACAUUCUCUGAAAUGACUAUAUGAAUCAAGAAUUUAACUGGUCUAUCUGGAGCGAGGAUGUCAAUGAAGAGUGGUCGUUGUACGUACGCUAUUUUGAAGCGACAUAUGAAUUUGUCACGUAGAGGUGGCUCCUUAGGUUGCUCCUCUUCGUUGCUUACCUCAGCAACAGGAGCUCCUAUAUAUACGCUUCCGUUGCUUCCAUUCCUUUAGCUAGUUCUUAGAUAGAACAAGACCUUUUCCUUCCUUUUG